AUGCAGCUCAAGACCAUUUUCGUCCAGACCCUCCUGGUUGGCGCCGGCCUCUGCCAGGUUCAGGUUAUCAACAAGGCUCUUCAGGACAUCACCCAGAGUCUAACACAGCUCGACACUUCGGUCAAGGCCCUCCAGGACGCCCAGUCCGGCGUCACGCUUCUCCAGCAGUCGAGCGCACUGCUGGAUACGAUCAAGAACUCGACCCAGGCCAUCCAGGCCUCGUCUGAGCUCACGCUCCAGGACGCCCUGGGCCUGCAGGCGACGGCGCAGCAGCUGCCGGCGCAGGCCAAGACCACCAUGGACGACCUGGUGGCCAAGAAGUCGGUGCUCGACCAGCUCGGCGCCACCCAGCAGGCCAUCACGUCGCUCAAGGAGCAAAAGGCCGCCUCGCAAGAACUCGGCAAGGUCGUCGUCACCAAGAUCCCCGCCGUCGGCCAGCAGAUCGCCCAGCAGCAGCUGGACCAGAUCAGCCAGACCUUUGACCAGGGCAUCACCGGCCUCGGUGGCCAGCCCGGCAAGCGUGCCGUUGCUCUUGUUGUUUAA